AUGAUCGGCGGCGACGGCGGAAAGGAUGAUAAAGUGCCGGAGUUGCAGAUGGAGCGUCACAAACCCCUAACCGAGCACACACUCAACGAGCAGCUGAAGCGUAACAAAGCGCUCCUUGCGCAAUUAGGUCCGAGCUUACCCGACAAGGGAUGUGGAAGAAAUUUCGAAGGUCAUGCAUUCGACGAGCUCUGGUAUCUUGCAAGGGAAUACAGCGAAAGACACCUCAAAAAAGAUCUCGCGAUGGAUAUGGUAGAAGCAGAGCAUAUGAGGCUUGUUGCAGAGGUGAAAGAGAGAGUCGAUGAGAAGAUGAAGGAAGAGUUAUGA